AUGCUUACCCUGAAACUGAAAACCUCUGAUGGCUUCAGUCUACACAUACAUGCUGUAGGGCCGGCCCGCGGGGUGCCGGUGCCGCCCUGCGCCCAAGGGCUGCGCUGGGCCGGUAAAUUUUAUCAACAUGCCACAACAGAGGCCUCCCAAGCCACCUUAGCUAGCGUGUCUCCUGUUUUUGCAGUGAUGAAGCUUGACAAAGAGGGAAAUACUACCUAUUUUGAAAAGAAGAAAACAGAAUUGUACCAGGAAUUGGGUCUUCAAGCUCGAGAUCUAAGAUUCCAACACCUAAUGAGCAUUGCAACUAGGAACAACAGGAUCAUCAUGAGAAUGGAGUUCUUGAAGGCUGUCAUAACACCAGAGUUUCUUCUGAUACUAGAUUAUCGUAAUUUAAAUCUGGAACACUGGCUCUUCAAUGAACUAGCAUCUCAGCUGGCUGGGGAAGGUCAACUAGUUACAUAUUCCCUGCCCUUUGAAUUCCGAGCCAUAGAAGCAAUCCUGCAGUACCGGAUCAGCAAACUGCAGGGGAGACUUAACACUUUGCAGCCUCAGAUCCUUGAGACACUGGAAGCUCUAGUGGACCCCAAGCUUUUGUCUGUGGAUAGGAGUAAACUACACAUUCUCCUGCAAAAUGGCAAGAGCUUGUCAGAACUGGAAACAGAUCUUAAAGUUUUCAAAGAAACAAUUCUGGAGAUCUUAGAUGAAGAAGAAUUAAUAGAAGAGCUCUGUCUAUCUAAAUGGACUGAUCCACAAGUAUUUGAGGAGAGUACAUCUGGGAUUGACCAUGCAGAGGAAAUGGAGCUGCUACUGGAGAACUAUUACAGACAAGCAGAAGAUCUUGCAAAUGAAGCUCGUGAACUCAGAGUACUGAUUGACGACUCAGAAAGCAUAAUCUUUAUCAACCUGGACAGCCACCGUAAUGUGAUGAUGAGACUGAACUUGCAGCUGACUAUGGGGACUUUCUCUCUCUCUCUCUUUGGACUCAUAGGAGUUGCCUUUGGUAUGAACUUGGAGUCAUCUCUUGAAGAGGACCCCAGAAUAUUUUGGCUGGUGACGGGGAUUAUGUUUCUGGGAAGCGGUCUGAUAUGGCGACGCUUGCUUUCCUUCCUUGGGCGGCACCUAGAACUUCCACUACCUCCUCACGUUCCUGCAGUUUUGAAAAAAUCCCAACCAGCAGCUGGAAGAGUGGAAAUAAAGAACAACCUUAAAGCAGAAACAUUUGGGCUGAGCAGAAGCACAUUAACAAACCAAUAGGAACAGCAGGAAUGAAGAGACUUUUAUUGUUACAGGGUGGACUUUGGACCCUUUCCUUGCAUUUGUUCUUCCUUACUGAAAACUGCAGGAAUUUCUAAACUUGCUAAUUUAAUAUAUAUUUUGUGCCAAAAACCUAUGGUGAGAUUUUAAUGCUCACACACAAAAGGAGAGAAACACAAGGGAAAACAGCGGCAUGCUUUCCACAGUAGUCUCACCUCCACCCCACGUAUGUUCCAUGAGUUUUCUGUAUCACUUACAUGUUCUUAUUUUUUGGGCAUUCUCAUUUCAAGUGUUUCUGUCAAAUACUUCACGUAAUGGCCUUUCUUAAAGAGAACAGUAUUUUCAGCUUAAAGGAUGACAGCAGUCAGCAUUCAUCGAUAAUUCUGGUUCUGAGCUGCAGAUUUAGGAAUCUGACUUCAAAUGUCAAAGCAAAAUCCACCCCAAAAGUGGCCUUUUUAAUGGAUUUUUUUUAAGGCCCUAUUAAUUGCAGAGAACAGAUUUUCCAAAGCAAAAAGCAUACCUGCUUCUCUUGUGAAGCAUCACCUCUAAAUUGGCAGUAACCAGAAAUAAUAGUUUCCCUUAUUUUAAGUGAGCAAUAACAGGCUUUGAAAUGUAGCUACUUAUCUUGGGUAUUCCUUAACAAUUAAUUUAGGCCCAAAAUGUAUGCAGUUGUAGUAACAGGAAAGGCAGGCCUACUGAUAAUGCACACUUGUGCUUGCCAUCUGCCACUAUUUCAAUGUGCGUUGAUACAGCUGCAGUUUAACAGCUCCUCAUGUUGUCAUAAGGACUGGUUCAAAUGCUGGUAGAAAUCAACAGACCGGUUGUUAGUUUCUCUUAAGCUGGGCUCUGCUUUCUCUCUUUUCUCUCCAAGAAGACAAGACAAAGCCUGGACUAGCCUGCACCACAGCAAGUAGUCAGGUUAGUAAAGGGUGUGGAGGCCUGGUGUCCUGUGAUGGACUGAAGGAAGGAGUAAAAUUCUUAUGCCUGCAAUUUGUGUUUUUUCUUAGGACUUAGUUCUGAACUGUGAGGGCGUAGUUCUCCACUGGUUUCUCUCAGUCUGUAGAGGGAGCAUGAAAUCCUUCUAAAUCAGGUCACAAACUGUCUGUUUCUUGUUUGGGGUUUUUUAACCUCUCUGUAACAUACAGUGAGUAGCUCCUUAGGUGCCACCAGAUAAAUCACUCUACUGGCAGGGGUUGAAAAGACAGUAACUGUAGCUGUGAACAUUUUUACUCAGGACUAACAAGUCAAAAAUGGAAAUAAAAAGGUACAUAAAAUUAUGCAGGCCUGUGAUCCUAGUUUGGUUAAAAUCAGUUGUACGUAAUUAUUUUCAAACAGUUGUUCUUGCUAUGUAUGUGACUUCAACUACAGAUGUAAAAGGCAUGAGAAGGUGAGAAAAUUAGUGGGGUUUGUAAUGUUUUUGGUUUUUAGCUGAAUUUUUUUGCAGCCUUUUUGCUUAGGAGGUAGAGAUGUAAAAAAACUCUAAACUGAGCAAUCCAGUGGAAAAAACAAUGGCUCGCGUACCUUGGCUGAUAAACCCCAGGAAAGCCCAGUGUGUGAAGAGAUAUGGAUGCUGAUGUUUUCAACCAAGUUGUAGUUGCAUUAGGCCAGGACUGAAAUGUGUUGGUGCAGCUCUUUGGGAAGCUUUCACGUAAACUUUCCAAGCUAGGUCUUUUGUGCAGAGAGGCUUCUGUGAAUGUAUUGACUCCUUUUCCUGUACAUAACUGGCUUAAAGCACAAUAAAAGCACUGAGACAAAGA